AAGCCAGCUCAGAUGAUAAUUGAUAAAGCAGUUGAACGAAAAUGAAGCUUUUUCUUAAAAAAAAAAUUCUUGGAAAGUAUCUGAAAAAUAUAGCUUCAUUCAUUUAUUUGCUAUGAUAAAAUACAGAUCCCAGGAAAAAACAACCCUAAAUUUCAAAUUUUCGGUUCCCCAUUUGUCCUCCGUAAUUCUCCGAAUUUUUGUAAUCUAUCAUUUAGUGUGUGUACGCGCGUGUUAUUUUUAAUUUAUUGAUAAAAAAAUAAAGAAAAAUUCUAGAAAACGAGCAUGGGCGAUUUUCUCUAUGUUCAACCCUCGGAACUGAAGUUCCCAUAUGAAUUGAGAAAGCAGAGUUCAUGUUCAGUGCAGUUGAUUAAUAAGACUGAUCAGUACAUUGCUUUCAAGGUCAAAACAACCAGCCCAAAGAGGUACUGUGUUCGACCAAAUGCUGGUGUUGUCUUGCCCAAUUCUGUAUGCAAUGUCACCGUAGUUAUAAUGCAAGCACACAAAGAGGCGCCCGCUGAUAUGCAGUGCAAGGACAAGUUUCUAAUCCAGAGUGUUGUUGCUCCCAGUGGCACAACAAACAAGGAUAUAACAGCGGAAAUGUUUAACAGGAAGGAGGACAAGAUUGUCAAUGAGGUUAAAUUGAGGGUUGUCUACAUUCCCGCUAAUCCGCCCUCCCCUGUACCAGAAGGAGAUGAAGAAGGUUCUCCUAGAACAUCUUCAGUUGAGGAUGAUAAUAGAACGACUUCGUUACCUGAGGCUGUAACAAGAUUGUUGGACAAAUCCAAUGGGAAAUCAUCAUCAUCCGAGGCAAAGUCUAAGAUCUCAAAGAUAACCGAGGAGAAAGCUUCUGCUAUUCAACAAAAUAAGAAGCUCCAGGAGGAAUUGGAACUGCUGAAGAGACAAACAGGUAAAACCCGAGCUGGUGGCAGUGCCUCCAUGUUUGUAGUGCUGGUUAGUCUAUUCCUAGGUAUUCUGGUUGGUUACUUCAUCUACAGGGCUUAAAGACUGGAUUAAGCAAAGCUGUAAUUCUUUGUUAAAUCAUCGUACACGUGGAUGAUGUUUUGACUCUUUCGUUAGUUUUUUCUCCGUGGAAUUUGAGAUGUUUUCUUUUUACUAAUAAAUUUAGGUCCUUCAUGUAUUACUGAAUUUCAGACUGACUUGUUUGGAACAAUUACUUAUUUUCCUUGUUAGAUCAAA